AUGCCUCCGAAGAAGCAGGUGAAGGAGGAGAAGAUACUUCUGGGGCGGCCGGGCAACAACCUCAAGAGUGGGAUCGUCGGAUUGGCCAACGUAGGCAAAUCGACCUUCUUCCAAGCCCUCACAAAAUGCUCGCUCGGCAAUCCUGCAAACUUUCCGUAUGCGACCAUCGAUCCGGAAGAAGCUCGUGUCAUUGUGCCUGAUGAGCGGUUCGACUGGCUGGUGGAGCAGUACAAGCCCAAGUCGGUCGUACCUGCCAAUCUCACAGUCUACGAUAUUGCUGGCCUGACGCGAGGAGCUUCGACCGGUGCUGGACUCGGCAAUGCGUUCUUGUCUCACAUUCGCGCUGUGGAUGCCGUGUUUCAAGUGGUGCGGUGCUUUGACGAUGCGGAGAUCAUCCACGUGGAGGGUGAUGUCGACCCCAUACGCGAUCUGGAGAUCAUCAGCGAAGAGUUAAGGAUCAAAGACAUCGAGUUCGUAGAGAAAGCACACGAAGCUCUAGUCAAGCAGACGAGGCGAGGUGGGCAGUCGCUGGAGAUGAAGAAGCUGAAGGAGGAGCAAGCGACUGUGGAGAAGAUCCUGGAGAUGCUGAAAGCUGGCAAGGACGUCAGGAAAGGCGACUGGCAGCCGAAAGAGGUCGAGGUCAUCAACCCGCUCUUCCUGCUCACAGCCAAGCCAGUCGUGUUCCUGGUCAACCUCAGCGAAAAGGACUACAUCCGACAAAAGAACAAGCACCUGCCAAAGAUCGCCGAAUGGGUCAAAGAACACGCAACCGGCGACCCCAUCAUCCCCAUCUCUGUCUCAUUCGAAGAGCGCCUCACUCGUUUCGAGACCGAAGCAGAUGCGGCGGAGGAGUGCAAGAAGGUCGGUACGAAGUCUGCUCUUCCCAAAAUCAUCACGACGAUGCGGAAGUCCAUGAAUCUCGGAUCGUUCUUCACCACCGGUACGGACGAAGUGCGGCAAUGGACGAUACGGAACGGCACGAAGGCGCCUCAAGCUGCUGGUGUCAUUCACGGUGAUUUCGAGAAGACCUUCAUCCAGGCUGUGGUGUACAAUUACAACGUGCUCAAGGAGGAGGGUGAUGAAGCGGGCGUUAAAGCGAAGGGCAAGGUCAUGACGAAGGGGAAGGAGUAUGUGGUUGACGAUGGCGAUAUCCUGCUCAUUAAGGCUGGUGCUGCGAAGGCAUAG